AUGGUGCAAGCAACAUGGUUUGCUAGCAAUUUGGGAUUGAGCUUGCAGCAAGAACGUAAGUUCCAUGAUUUCAUGCUUGAGUUUUUGCAGGUAGCUGAUGAGGAACGACUGGGAGUUUUCCUGGAGGUUCUCUAUGCUGUAUGGAUCUCGCGUAAUGAGCUGGUGUUCCAAAACACGCAAGGUACGGUGGACCAAACUCUGCGGAAAGCUUCCUUGCUGCAUCCAGGACCUGCCAUGGUGCCGGUUCCAACUCACCCAGCGCGGCAACACCCUACACAUUGGUCACGACCUGCUCCAGGUCUCUACAAAAUUAAUUUUGAUGCAUCGGUUACUAAGGAGGGAAGUGGAGGAUUCGGUUUCAUUGCUCGGGACGUGCAGGCUGAGGUUCUCGCAGCGGCGUGUUGGCAUUAUGGUCCGGUUACGACCCCUACAGUGGCUGAAGCUUUAUCCAUGCGGUGGUCCAUGACGCUGGCGAGGGACCUUGGUUUCCGGAGGGUUGAAUUUGAAUCAGAUUGCUUACCGUUAGUUGAAGCAUGGAAACAGAAUGGUGGUUGCUCUUUUUUAGAUUCUAUUGUUAGAGAUUGUAAUUUUUUGCUUUCAAACUUUGAGGUGUUCUCUUUACGGUUCGUGCGCCGUACGGGUAACCGUGCGGCGAAUGCCUUAGCUUCUUUAUCUUUUUCUUUUGGUGAGGUUGUGUGGAUUGAGGAGGUUCCUUCUCAACUUAUUGGCCUUGUCCAAUCUGAUGUACUGGCCUCUGUGCCGUCUACUUCUCCUUAA